AUGUGCUCCCUACCGCCUGCACCUCCACCGCCACCACCCCCAUUGCCGCCCAAUUUCACUUCGCCAAAAAUAACUUUAGAUAAUACUACCCCUCCAAGUCACGAUAGUGUAUGCGAAUGGGCUCUACCUGAUCUCUCGCUUUGGGAAGUAUGUGCCAGAAAUCAAAUAUGCCUCAAUAAAGCUCCAUAUCAAUACAAAUACAAACAUUUUAAAUCAAUUAUGCAACAAGGACCGACUUGUGGCUUAGUCGCCCUCUCAAUGCUGCUGGAUGAACAGAUCACUCCUGAAGAGCUGAUGAAUAUAGCAAAACAGAACAGCUUCAGUAACAAUGGAGAGAUGUUCAGCUGUAACAAUAUGGCCAAACUCGCACAGUAUGCUAUUACUUUGAUAAAUAAAGAAAAUAUAAAUUUUUGCGUAAAAAUGGGUGGUCUCUUUAGUGAAGAAGUUAUUCUCGAGCUUUUAAAUGAUAACAGUUAUGAUGCUGACUUUAACCACGCUCCUUGCUUAAGAAAUGGUCACACAGCCCACUGGGCAUUAGUCUGUGGUAUAAUAAUAGUCUCCGAGCCAUCAGACAGUUAUAUUUCAGAUCCUAAUAAUGUUUAUGUGUUGUGCAAACACGGCAAGUCGAGAUACCUCACUGCAUGGUCUCUCAGUGUAUUGGAUAAGAGUAACAAAAACCUUUGGGAGUUCUCUCCAAAGAAACAACAGGACGGCCUCAUAUACACACUGCCUGAAGGUGGCAUCGGGGGAGAGAAUGGUAUAAGAGAUCAAUUUCUAAUAUUUUAUGGUUUGUGA